AUGCAAACAUCCCCAAGUUCGGUCGUCACUCCUGCAACGCCAACUGAACUAUUCUCCUUUGCCUUCGAUUCAUCAACGGGGGCUGGAGAUGUUUCCACGAUUUCAGCGACGCACAACACGGCCGCCUUUCACGCCGAAGCCGACGAGCCUCUUGGUCAAGGCCAGUUGCCGACGUUACUGGGUCCGCACGUCCCGAAUAUGUUAGGAUCGGUCAAUAUGGGAUUGGGAGAGUUCUUGGACGAAUGGUCGCAUCCAGUACUCGCGGUUCCCGAAGCUACGCGGCCAGAUUAUCCCCACUUGCUUCUCGAAACCUCAAAACAGCUCACCAAAAUCAGACGCGUCCAUCUAAGAGGGGACCGCUGCGAUUUUCAAGGCAUCAACUGGAGCGCAAUGGGUGUGACCCGCCAGCUUGCCCGGGCGAGAAGAGCGAGGACGUUUCAGAACUAUACGAGCUGGCCUGGAUCGGAUGACGAUCCCCAGGGUGCUGAUGUACGGCCAAGGCCUGGCCCAACACUGCUAGGGGACGAGAACCCUUUUUCACAUAGCACGUCUGGCCUCGCUUCGGGGAACUAUUUCCGGUUUCGAGAGAUGCACAUACGAGAGGAAAUCGCCCUUGCGCAUUUUCAGUUGCGCAGCUCGUUGGCCAGCCCAUUUCGUUCGCAAAUACACUACGUCAGCCGCUUGGGCAUUUCCAAAGUCGACCCCGUCACAGGGAACCACGGAGAGUCGCUGCAAUGGACUGAGUUUCCUGUGUUUGGCCGCGCAUUCACCACUCUUGGGGCGAAUCAGGAUGUUCUCGUUGCUGGGAGUUUUACCGGAGAGUACGUCAUUUCGUCUCUGCACAGCACAGACAUACAAAAUUUUACCCAGGGCACGAUUACGGAAGCGGCGUCUGGUAUCACGAAUCACUUGCAGGUACACAAACAGCGCAGUACGUCCAACCCUGUCGCUUCCAUAUGCAGCAACGACAACGGUUUUAGAGUGCUGGACCUGGAGACCCAACAGUUCGUGUCCGAAUUUGGCUAUGGGUUUGCCCUGAACUGUUCUGCCGUAUCUCCCGAUUGUCGUCUUCGCGUCAUGGUGGGCGACUCCAAAGAUGUCACCAUUGCCAACGCGGAGACCGGGGACACGGAGGUCACGCUGACGGGUCACGACGACUUCGGCUUCGCGUGUGACUGGUCCGACGACGGCCGCUAUCUGGCCACAGGCUUCCAAGACAAGACGAUCAAGAUCUGGGAUCCGCGCAGGUGGAAGGACGCCAAUGGCACAAGCACGCCGCUGCAGCAUUUUCGGACCGAUCUCGCCGGAGCCAGAGGCCUGAAGUUCUCGCCUCUCGGAAGCGGCGAGUCCGUCCUCGCCGCAGCUGAGGAGGCCGACCAUGUACACGUCUACAGCACACACGCCUUUGGCAGGGAAACGUACGACGCCGACACUCGGCAGACGUUUAGUGUCUUUGGUGAGCUUGGGGGCAUUGACUUUGCAGAAGGCGGUCAGGAGUUGAAUGUUCUUGUGGCGGAUGAAGAAAGGGGGGGCAUUCUGCAAUUAGAACGAUGCGGCACACGGAGAGAUGCCACCGAUGCGAUACCACUGUUUUGA